GCCCUCUCUGCUUUCUCACGGUCGAUCGCCGCUUGAUCGUCAACCCGGGAAAGACACGACGAACGCCGGCGCGGCUUCCAUCCAUCGUCAUACAUAUCUGUGCUCCUGAGUGAGAGACGACUAUGACGUCGAGCGAGAUGUUUCGGGCAGAAGAUCCGCCUAGGAGAGGACAGGGAAUAUGUGCUAUCCGAGGCAGCUGCGGCAAGACCUCGAUACUUGGCGCAGAAUUGCCAUGUCCAGAUGACGGAGACGCCACCGAGGUCGAUCACGACUUGGCAGAUCUCAUGAGAUCAGUAUGUGGACCUUCCUAUUCUGUCCGGACGCAUGCUUGCUGUACGCGAGACCAAGUGGAAACACUGGGUGAUCGACUGAAACAGGCGGCACCGUUGAUCGCCUCCUGCCCUGCAUGCCAUAACAAUUUCCGGUCCUUCUACUGCGAUUUCACAUGUUCGCCUGACCAAUCGACAUUCUUAUCGGUCUCUACAACUCAGAAAACAACGGACGGCAAGCAGGCUGUCAAAUCUGUCGAAUUUGCAGUUUCUGACGAGUUCAAACGUGGAUUCUACGAUUCUUGCAAGAGUGUUCAAUUUGGCGCAACCAAUGGAUUUGCGAUGGACCUGAUUGGUGGAGGAGCCAAGAAUCCGGAAGCGUUCCUCAAAUACAUGGGGGACCUUAGACCAGGCCUAGGAUCCCCCUUCCAGAUCAACUUCCCAAGUGGCAUCGAAACGGGCUUUUCGCGACGGCCGCUGAACUGCUCGGAUCCGGAGAUCUUCGCCAAGUGCGCAUGUGCAGACUGUCCAACAAUUUGCCCGACGCUCCCCUACGUCGCUCCUCCAGGCUCAAAGACAUGUCACGUUGGCGCUGUCUCCUGCCUGACAUUUUCCCUCCUCAUCAUUUACUCUGUCGCAAUCCUUUGCGGUCUGAUAUUCUACACUUGGAAGCAAGCCGUUCAACAUCGCAGGAGGAGGUACGAACGAGUGGCUUUACUUGAUCCACCGCAUUCUCCGCCAGUUCAAGGCAAUGGAAAUGGCUUGGACGGACUCGUCGGUCGAGGUGAUGACUCUGAAUCGGGACCGAGUGGAUCAAUACAUUUCCGCUUGGGAAGAGGUGCAAGUCUUCUCGAUCCGAUGGAUCAAUUGCAACCGAAGCAAAAUAAAAUAAAUGCCGUCCUCAGACGAUUUUUCUAUCGCUUAGGUUUCUUUUGUGCCAAGAGACCGCUCGAGACGUUCACCAUUGCCGCUCUCAUUGUCGCGGCGUUGAAUAUCGGCUGGAAGGACUUUACUGUGGAGACAGAUCCUGUGAGAUUGUGGGUCGCACCGAAUAGCGAAUCAGCGAGGGAGAAGCAUUUCUUCGAUGAGGCGUUUGGACCAUUCUAUAAAGAUGAACAGAUCUUUGUCACCAUGGUGGACGGCAGCUCUGCAGUAAACCACGACACGAUCGAAUGGUGGCUUGGCGUAGAGAGAGAUAUCGCGAACUUGAGGACAAGCGAUGGUGUCGGAUUGGACGAUGUCUGUUUUGCGCCUGCUGGAACCGGUACCCCUUGCGUCAUUCAAUCCAUCUCCGCGUGGACAGGUGAUGAUCUCGGUCAAUGGGGAGAUGAGUGGCGGGAUAGAAUAAAGGGAUGUGUCGCUGCUCCUGGAGAAUGUCUCCCGCCUUUUGGUCAGCCAAUCGAAGCGCCCUUCGUCCUCGGUAGCGGUGAGGAUGACUGGAUGGAUAGCAAGGCCCUCAUCGCCACCUAUGUUGUCAACAACUAUAAUGAUGAUCGUGUCAAACCGGUUGAAGCGUGGGAGAGGGUCCUGAGAGAGCAUCUCAGCAAAGUGCAUCGAGAUGGCGUUCGGAUCACCUACUCGACCGGCGUGUCCCUUGAGGAGGAAAUCAACAAGAGCACCAAUACCGAUGUCAAGAUUGUGGUUCUGUCCUAUCUCGUCAUGUUCCUCUAUGUCUCGCUCACCCUCGGUGGAGGUCUCCCGCCUUCACUCGUGAACACAAUUUGGGCAUGGAUCUGCUACCUGCCAGUACUUCUACAUAUCACCAGUUCCGAUAACCACGAACCACCGCCGAAAUUCUCCUUGUCCGUCCUUCCGAUCUUCCUUUCGGUCAAUUCGAAAUUUUCUCUAGGUCUAUUUGGCAUCGUUAUUGUCCUUGUGGCUGUCUCCUCAUCGGUCGGUCUAUUCUCUCUACUCGGGGUCAGGGUCACCCUUAUCAUUGCCGAAGUCAUCCCGUUCCUCGUCCUCGCAGUCGGUGUCGACAAUGUUUUCAUUUUGGUCCAUGAGCUUGAUCGACAAAACGCCUUGCAUUCUCAGCCUGACGCUCCACCGCCCGCCGAGAAUGACGACGACUCCAUACAAGUCAACACGACCUCUAUCCCUGCAGAGGAACGAGUGGCUAGAGCCGUCGCAAAGAUGGGUCCCUCCAUUGCGCUUAGCUCCAUCACUGAGACCGUCGCUUUCGCACUGGGCGCACUGGUACCUAUGCCCGCUGUCAGGAAUUUUGCAAUCUACGCUGCUGGCAGUGUCUUCCUAGGCGCCGUCAUGCAAGUGACUGUGUUCAUCAGUGCUAUGAGCUUGGACCUGAAACGAGCGGAGGCCAUGCGGAUCGAUUGUUUCCCAUGCGUCCGUCUCAGACCGCCGGUCGGGCUGUACGAUGAUCAGCCUGCGGCUGGCGAGCGGAGGGAAGGCGUCGUAGCUAAAUUCUUUAGGCGCGUUUACGCCCCUAUCCUCCUUCAGCGGGAGAUCAAGCAACUUGUCUUGGUCCUCUUUGGAGGUCUGAGUCUUACGGCAGUCAUCGGAAUCCAACAUAUCAAGUAUGGAUUAGACCAACGAUUGGCUCUCCCUUCCGAGUCGUACCUUGUCCCGUAUUUCAACGACCUGGACAAGCACUUUGGUGUUGGUCCGCCAGUCUACUUUGUGGCUGAGAGCGCCCAAGUGACUGACCGCCAUGGCCAACAACAGCUUUGCGGAAAAUUCACCACCUGCUUAGAGUUAUCGGUCGCGAGUUCACUGGAAGCUGAGCGGAAAAGACCCGAUUCCAGCUUUAUCGCCAAUCCACCUGCAUCGUGGAUCGACGAUUUCUUGCAGUGGACGAACCCAGCAUUCACCUCAUGCUGUCGUGUUCGACGCCGAGAUCCCUCUAUAUUCUGUAGUCCGAAGGAAUCGGAUCGUGCUUGUCGGUCUUGCUUCGAGGACCAAGACUGGGACUCGACGAUGAAUGGAUUGCCAGAGGGUACUGAUUUCAUGCGAUAUCUACAACAAUGGCUCAUCUCGCCUACCGAUUCGGAUUGCCCCCUGGGUGGUCAAGCGGCCUACUCGACGGCGGUAAAGCUCUCUCAGAAUGGAUCGGCAGUUGCUGCUAGCCAUUUCAGAACGUUUCAUACUCCAGUGAAGACGCAGGACGAUUACAUCAACGCUCUGUCAGCUGCUCAACGCAUCUCUGCCGAUAUCACGUCUCGGACGGGGGUCCACGUCUUCCCUUACUCCAUCUUUUACGUCUUUUUCGACCAGUACGAACACAUUGCGUCCAUUGCAGUCCAAGUACUGACCUUGGCAUCCAUCGCCAUAUUCGCCAUCACCUCCGUCCUUUUGGGGUCUUGGCGGACGGGCGCAGUCGUGACUGCUGUUUGCGCAUUGGCAGUGUUGGACGUCAUGGGCAUCAUGGGUUUCUGGCAUAUCUCUCUCAAUGCCAUUUCGUUGGUCAAUUUGGUCAUCAGUCUUGGAAUCGCCGUCGAAUUCUGCAGUCAUGUCGCUCGAGCCUUCAUGGGUGCAGGAGGUGGAGUUGCCUGGGAGAAGGAAGGUCGGAGGGAAAAGGAUGAACGGGCUUUCACCGCAUUGGCCGAUGUCGGACCAUCGGUGUUCUCCGGUAUCACCCUGACCAAGCUUAUUGGGAUCUCUGUUCUAGCCUUGACCCGAUCCAAACUUUUGGAGAUCUAUUACUUCCGCAUGUGGCUUUCGCUCAUCCUCUCUGGUGCCUUGCAUGGACUUGUCCUCUUACCUGUCGUCCUGAGUUAUGUCGGUGGACCAGGGUACAGUCUUGAAGAUACGGAUGAAGAAUGGGUCACAAGUCAAAUGCGUAGACCGAUGGAUUACGAGUAUGCUCCAUUUGCAGAUACGGAUUCGGUCAUCUCAGAGGAAUGAACGGACAACAUCACAUG